GCUGCAUAAGGACAUUUUUUGUUUACGCCGCAACGUUUCGAGCCGGCCUUGUGAGUGAUCGGAGAAGAAGGGAGAAGCGUUUCUGGGAGUCAUCUCGUAGUUCCUCGUGUCUGAGAGAUCUGGGGCCUUCGAUUUGCCUGGUUGGUGUCCGGAUAGCCGAGGCGGUCCGGUCAUGUCGUCGCCGUCGGCUGGAAAGAAGAGGAUGGACACAGACGUAGUCAAACUAAUAGAGAGCAAGCACGAGGUGACAAUUCUAGGAGGACUCAACGAGUUUAUUGUCAAAUUCUUCGGACCUUCUGGAACACCCUAUGAGGGAGGAGUUUGGAAAGUACGGGUGGACCUACCUGACAAGUACCCAUUCAAAUCACCGUCAAUUGGUUUUAUGAAUAAGAUAUUCCAUCCUAACAUAGACGAAGCGUCCGGUACGGUGUGUUUAGAUGUUAUCAACCAAGCAUGGACAGCUCUCUAUGACCUAUCCAACAUAUUCGAGUCGUUCCUUCCCCAACUGCUAGCCUACCCCAACCCCACAGACCCUCUCAAUGGCGAUGCCGCGGCUCUCUAUCUUCACCAGCCUGAGGAGUUCAAGGCCAGAGUAGCAGACUAUGUUCGCAAGUACGCCACGGAGGAGGCAUUUCGGAACGAGAACUGCAGUGAAUCUAGUGAGAGCGAUAUGAGCGAUUUAUCAGAAGACGAAUGUCAGGAUAUGGAGUUAUGAUCUCUUCCAUUUGAUGCCCACCAUCACCAUUAGUCCUCUUUCACAUUAUGCCGCCACAUGCCACGUUUGUAUGUAGCACACGCAUACAACACAACACACACACACAUGCACACGCAAGGAAUCAGCCAUAUUUUAUUUAUAUUCUCUCUUUCUGCCAUAAAUUUUACACUCUUUUGAAACACGUGAUUUUGCAGAGAAAAAACAAACACUCAAAAAUAUUUUGACAUGGCUCGCUUCACAUGACCCAUUGCAAGUGAACUCAAAAUCAAUGUUGUGUUGAGACAGUUUGUUGAGUGACUUUCUUUCCGCCACCUUUGACCCCUGUCCCUCUAUGACCACACCCACUCUUGGACCUUGACCUCUGGUCCUCUUGUCACCCUCGCCGUCCUCUUGAGCGCGACUGGCAGUGUCUGAGAACUCAGGUGGUAGGUGACGUUU